AUGGACAAAGGAAAAGGCGGAAAAUCCGAAGACUUUGAUAGUCUAACCUCUGCCCCUAUCCUACCCCCUGAUUACUCUAUCCCCUCUACACGAUUUCCGAACAGAUUCUCGACGCGUUGGAAUCCUCCUCCUCGUUACUCCUCUGUUUUUGGCGACCCUGAAGAACCUAUUCGACCAGGGGCAUCGCAUACGGAACACGAAUUUUCGCUUCAGACUGGAUUAUUUACGAGCAAGACCUGGGUGAAGCUUCGAAUUCUUACUCGUCCGUCGAGCGUUGCCCAUAAUGUGCCAAAGAUAUUCGGAGGCGAAAACGUCUCUGGUAUUGUCCAACUCAUCCUUGAAAACAGUCAAGCUGUCCAUUCCAUCGUGAUCUCGCUCAAAGGUCGAAUCGUGACAAGUUUCUCGGACAUCGGUUACUACACCUUCUUAGACCAUUCAUGCACACUGUGGGACAAAAGUAUGGGUGAUCCGCGAGCGCCUGGGGUAGGCACUAAAUUCGAUGGCAAGCUCACUGGAGACUACGAGCUCUCUUUCUCCUUCCCUUUCCCGACUGAAGUCGAUAUCUCUUCUGGAACUGUUGGCAAAGGAAAACGCGUCGCACGAGCCGCGCUAGUCUGUCCUACUCCUCAGACUUUCCUGGAACGCGACAUCUCCGCGAAUGUCGAGUACGAACUCGUCUUGCAAAUCACCCACGGUAUCCUUCGAACUGUCAGCAAGCUUAAGGCGCCGGUCAUCUUUAUCCCACAGAUAACGCCUGAUCCCCCUUCGCCCAUGCGCCAGUUAGCGUAUAGCGAGAAUGCGAUGCUUCCGGGACCAGAGGCCGAUAUAGAGGGUUGGACCGCCCUUCGUACACUGGAGGUACGUGGGGUGCUUGAGGAUAGCAAGCCUUUCGAUCUUCAUUACACCAUUUACCUCGCAACCCCGCUCUGCUACACUAGAGGGACCGUCAUCCCUUGCUACCUCAUGAUUUCUAGCCAGGAUACUCGCUCGUUGGACACUUUCGCCGAUCCCAAAAGCCAACACGUUCGGUUAGUGCGAAGAGUUCGCUUCUUCGAAGAUCCGUCCAAAGGUAUUGGCCAGUCUCUCAGCGGCAAAGCUCCUAAAGUCUCAGAGGAGAUCGACGAGGCAGAGGUUGCUGUGUGGUGGGUGCCACCCAAAGACGUCCCGCAAGAACCAAGCAACAGACGGUUGGAGGGAGAAAUCCAUCUGUCGAACGACCUGGUUCCGUCUUCUGACUUCUUGCCGUUCAAGGUCGAUUACGUCGUCGAGGUCUUGCCUUUUCGCGCAUCUGGUGUCACAUAUUCUGCGACGAGUCACUUCCGUGUCAAAGGGGACAAGAGCCCAGAAGUUGCUCUUUCGCAUCCCGUUACCAUUGCAACCUUCAGGGCAAAGGGUCCUGUCCCAACUACAUUUACCGAACGACAAAAAUCAUCUAAGGCGAAGAAACGCCAGCGAGACGGGGAGGAAAAAUUCCAGAGGAUGAAUGAAUAUGGUUUAAAUUUGGGCGUUUCCUCGUGA